AUGGCGCCUCCCAGUCCGGCCGAGUCGAAGGCCCCAUCCGCGACGAGUGCGGCCAAGUCAGGCGACGAGAUGGUGCUGCCAGGGUUUCCGGACGCAGACAGCUUCGUGAAGUUUGCUCUUGGGUCAGUAGUGGCCGUCACCAAGGCAUCGGGGGGCCUACCACAGUUUGGCGAUGAGUAUGAUUUUUACCGAAGUUUUCCUGGCUUCCAGGCAUUUUGUGAAACACAGGGAGACAGGUUGCUUCAGUGCAUGAGCAAGGUAAUGCAGUACCAUGGGUGUCGAAGCAACAUUAAGGAUCGAAGCAAAGUGACUGAGUUGGAGGACAAGUUUGAUUUACUAGUUGAUACCAAUGAUGUUAUUCUGGAAAGAGUGGGCAUUUUACUGGAUGAAGCCUCGGGUGUGAAUAAAAACCAGCCCGUCCUCCCCACAGGACUGCAGGUCCCCACAACAGUAGUGUCCAGCUGGAACCGCAAGGCAGGAGAGUAUAGCAAAAAAACAAAAUCUGAAACUUUCCGGCUGCUUCACGCAAAAAACAUCAUCCGACCUCAGCUUAAAUUCCGAGAGAAGAUCGACAACUCCAACACUCCAUUUCGUCCUAAAAUCUUCAUCAAGCCCAAUGCCCAGAAACCCCUCCCUCAGGCACUCUCCAAAGAAAGGCGCGAGUGCCCACAGGAUCGUCCUGAGGAUUUGGACGUCCCCGCUGCUCUGGCAGAUUUCAUCCAUCAGCAGAGAACCCAGCAGGUGGAGCAGGACAUGUUUGCACAUCCUUAUCAAUACGAACUAGAUCACUUCACUCCACCAGAUUCAGUCCUUCAGAAGCCACAACCCCAGUGGUACAGGCCUGUGGGAGAGACGCCCUGCCAUUUUGUAUCUUCCCUGGAUGACCUGGUGGAACUCAGCGAAAAGCUCCUGCGUUGUCAAGAGUUUGCUGUAGACUUGGAGCACCACUCUUACAGGAGCUUCCUAGGGCUGACCUGCCUCAUGCAGAUUUCCACCCGGACAGAAGACUUCAUUGUUGACACCCUGGAGCUGCGGAGUGACAUGUACAUUCUCAACGAGAGCCUCACAGACCCAGCUAUUGUCAAGGUCUUCCAUGGUGCUGAUUCAGACAUAGAAUGGCUGCAGAAAGACUUUGGGCUGUACGUAGUGAACAUGUUCGAUACACAUCAGGCAGCACGCCUUCUCAACCUGGGCAGGCACUCGCUCGACCAUCUGCUGAAACACUACUGCAACGUGGAAUCGAACAAGCAGUACCAGCUGGCUGAUUGGAGAAUACGACCUCUGCCCGAGGAAAUGCUCAACUACGCCCGAGAUGACACCCAUUACUUGCUUUACAUCUAUGAUAAAAUGAGGCUGGAACUGUGGGAGCGAGGCAACGGGCAGCCCGUUCAGUUGCAGGUGGUGUGGCAGCGGAGCAGGGACAUCUGCCUCAAGAAAUUCAUCAAACCUAUUUUCACGGAUGAGUCCUACCUUGAACUAUACAGGAAGCAAAAGAAGCAUCUCAACACACAGCAGCUGACGGCCUUCCAGCUGCUGUUUGCCUGGAGGGACAAAACGGCCCGGAGGGAAGAUGAAAGCUAUGGAUAUGUCCUGCCAAACCACAUGAUGCUGAAGAUAGCCGAAGAGCUGCCUAAGGAGCCUCAGGGCAUCAUAGCUUGCUGCAACCCUGUACCGCCUCUUGUACGGCAGCAGAUCAACGAAAUGCAUCUUCUAAUCCAGCAGGCUCGAGACAUGCCCCUGCUCAAGUCUGAAGUUGGGGCUGGAGUGAAGAAGAGUGGACCACUGCCCAACCCUGAGAGAUUGGAGAAUGUUCUCUUUGGACCCCAUGACUGCUCCCACGCCCCUUUAGAUGGCUAUCCUAUCACCCCAACUAAUGGGCCCGUGCCAGUGCAGAAACAGGAAAGCCUCUUCCCUGACGGGAGAGGUGAGGACGGGGCAUUGCUGGAUUCCAAAUGCCUCAUCGCUACCGCUGUCAUCACAUUGUUCAACGAACCUAGUGCCGAAGAAAAUGGGAAGGGUUCAUUAACAGUUGCACAGAAGAAAGCCCAGAACAUAAUGGAGUCCUUUGAAAAUCCGUUUAGGAUGUUUCUGCCUUCACUAGAACACCAUGCUCACAUUUCUCAGGCAGCAAAGUUCGAUCCGUCGUCAAAAAUCUAUGAACAUUAUGAAUAAGAAUAAGAAAGCACCUUCCCUGGAUCCCCAUGAGAUGUUCCUGGGAGCCAGCGUGUUAAUUAAAAGCCUUCUUCCUCCCUGCAGGAAGUACCUGCUCUGAUCAGAUGGGUGGCCUGGCUCCCUCUGCUCACCAGCACCGCCCGAGAAUCAGGCCAAACCCUGAUGGGCCUCAGCCCUGUCGCUGGUGGUUAACUUGUUUUUAGAAAUGGGGAGUCAGGCGGAGGUUUUGCCUUCACUCCUCUUUCCCCCACUGGGUGUGGCACAUUCGACAACCACACAUCCCUUACCGUGCUUACAUCUACUGCCACCUAGAUGUGUUCUAAUGCCACAGGUACAUGUGCUGUCACAGAGAAGCACAUCAGGCUUGCAGAAGUCCUGCCUUGAUUCCAGCUCCACCGUUUACUAACCGUGCGUGGCCCUUCAGACAAGUUACUUAGCUUCUCUGAGCCUGUUGUUCCCAGGAUUAUGGAAGGGAUUGAAUGAUGAUAUGAAAGCAUCGGGCCCAGUGCCUGGAACAGUUGUACCUUGUCCUUCUUAAUAAGUAUUAUAAAUAAAGCCAGCAUGAGAUUUUAUUUUUUGUGUCAUCAGAUUUGGAAUUUAUGACUUAGAAUGUGUGUAGUUACUAGGCCAGCAUGCUCUGCAUCGCCUCAUUAAAAAAAUAAAGCAUUCCUAGG